AUGAGGCUUCCUACAUCGCUGCUCAGCCUCUUGCUGAGCCUGACAGGUGCCUGGGCUCUUCAGUGCUACAGUCUGGAACGUCUCUUCACUGGUCCUUUUGAUCUAUCCGGCCUCUCGAUACCCAAUGUGACUUGUGGUUCAGGCCAAGAGGCCUGCCUGGAGGCGGUGACUUCCGUGAGUACAGGUUACAGAAACUCAGUGAUUCUGGUGAAAAAGGGCUGUUCUUAUGGGGAAGGCUUUGGGGAGAUGACCUCAGGCGGGGACUCACUGCCCCCUGACUACACCAUGGUACGUCGAUGCCAGGAGGAUCUGUGCAACCACCAGAUUGACAGCCACGACAGCAUCCCCAACCUCAGCCCAGCCCCAGAUCCUCCGGAGCUCAGCGGGACCGAGUGCUGGGCCUGCAUCAGUACCCACGCCGAGGGCUGUGAUCUCCAGAAUUCCCGCAAGAUCAAGUGUCAUGGAGGCCAGAGUGCGUGCUUCCAGGGCCAAGGCUUCCUGGCCAUUGACAACUUCUCCACCCCCAUCUAUGUGAAGACGUGCCAUGAACCCACGUGCACGGUGAUUGGGGCCGCCACUCACUGGUCAGACAACUACCUCAAAGGCUCCUGCUGUGGGGAGAACUUCUGUAAUGGUGGCUCCGACAGACACGUGGACCACAUCAUUGAUGCCGCCCCCUGCCAUCCCCCUGGCCUCCUGGCUCUCCCGCUGCUCCUGACCGUCCCCUCCCUGGUAGGGCGAUUGAGAGAAGCCCUGGCUUCCCUUUGA